AUGAGCAACGAAAACGAACCUUUGUUGGGACAACCUGACGUCCAUCAAGAGCCUACAUUUUGGUCCUCCUUCAAGGUCACAGUCUUUUCGUCGUAUAUCAAUUACUUUUUGAUCUUUGUACCCAUCGCCAUCGUGUUUUCCGUUCUGGAAGCAUCUCCUACUGUUGUCUUUACGCUCAAUUUUAUUGCCAUCAUUCCCUUAGCAAAAUUGCUUGGGUUCGCUACGGAAGAGAUUGCUCUUCGAUCUGGUUCUACUAUCGGUGCCUUAUUAAAUGCUACGUUUGGUAAUGCCGUUGAAUUAAUCUUGGGUGUCAUUGCAUUGAAAGAGGGGUUGAUCCGUGUAGUCCAAGCCUCUGUCUUGGGUUCCAUCUUGUCGAAUCUUCUACUCGUGCUCGGUUUUUGUUUCUUUUUGGGAGGUAUCAAUCGAACUGAGCAAAAGUUCAAUGUUACAGCUGCUCAAACAUCCUGCUCCCUUUUGGCUGUAACUACAUUGUCUCUUCUGGUUCCUGCUGCAUUUUCUGCUUCUACACCUGAGGAAGACACUGUUGAAAGUAUUCUCGAACUGAGUCAUGGUGUUUCCAUUGUUCUGUUGAUUGUGUAUAUCCUCUAUUUGCUCUUCCAGCUCAAGACACAUACUUUCUUGUAUGAGGACGAAGAGGAUGAAACAGAGGUGCCUUCCACUACACUGCCCUUCUCUGUCGGAUCACUCUUGAUUGUCGCAUGUGUUGUAUCCGUCCAUGCAGAGUACCUUGUUGGAGCUAUCGAAGGUGUAGUUGAAAAGUGGGGCAUCAAUGAAACAUUUGUGGGUCUCAUUCUUUUGCCCAUCGUUGGAAAUGCUGCUGAACAUGUCAGUGCUGUCACAUUUGCCAUGAAGGACAAGAUGAACCUGUGUAUUGGCAUUGCCAUCUCGUCCUCGCUUCAAAUUGGCUUGUUGGUUACACCUGUAUUAGUGUUGGCUGGCUGGGCCAUCAAUCAACCUAUGACCCUGUUCUUUGAAGACUUUGAAACUGUCAUUUUAUUUGCAAGUGUGCUCAUUGUGAACUACUUGAUCCAGGAUGGUCGAUCGAACUGGUUGGAGGGUAUCCUUUUAUUGUCAUCCUAUGUGAUUAUUGCCAUGGCGUUCUAUUUAUACCCUUAA